AUGGCACAGCGUUUCGUACUUCGCAUUCCCCCCCUCGGAAUACCGACCAUCCCAGUCGUUGAGAAAAACAUCGACGGCGACCUCUACAAUAGAUCUCUGCUGACAAUCGCCCUUACCCACAGUUCAUUUCUCAAUGAGAAUCCGCUCUCGCCGUUUGAGUGCAAUGAGCGACUGGAGUUUUUGGGCGACGCCGUGCUCGACUUGGCAGUCGCCGACGAAAUCUAUGAACGCUAUCCCGAACAGCAGGAAGGAGUUCUCACGCUCAUUCGCUCCGCGGUAGUCAACGGCAGUACACUGGCGAGUGCAGCCCGUAACCUCGGCAUAGGCGAACAUCUGAUAAUGGGUAUCGGCGAAGAGAAGAGCGGCGGUAGAGAACGCAACUCAAACCUAGCGGCGGCAUUCGAGGCGAUAGUGGGCGCAAUCUUCCUAGACAAAGGCUACGAAACCGCGAAGUCCUUUUGCAUACGCACGCUGGAAACCGAGAUAGACAAUACUUAUCAAAAAAUAACCUCUGUCCCUGCCGAAACCCAGAGGUUCGAAAACGCCAUAAGCUACCUCACCGGCGGCAAGCACCCUAAGUCGGCACUUCAAGAGCUUGUACAGGCCCAACAUGGCGUUACGCCCGAGUACCACUGCAACGAGCCAUCGGGAAAGAGCCACCAGCCCACCUUCACUGCAAAGGUGAUGGCGAAUGACAAACUGCUGGGCUCAGGCAGCGGCGCAAGCAAGAAAGCCGCAGAGACCGAAGCUGCCAAAGCAGCCCUCGCCACCUUGAACGGCUACGCCUGA